AUUUAGAGCUUUGAACAUGAAUUAAAAAUAUUUUUACUCUGACAUUCUAAAUGAAAGUAAUUGAAUAGCCGUACCGGCCCGUUUUCUGGGUCCUGUAGUUUAUUGCGGUGUUGUUAAUUAAUUUCUGAUGGAAACGUUUUUUUUGUUUUGUUGUUGUUUUUUUUAUGAAAAAAAUAAUUGUAUAUUUUUAGGGAGCAAAGAAAAGACUACAGUUUUUAUAAGACUCAGGGGUGAGAAUGACCACCUAUUCACUGGUGCCAAAUAUUCGGCUGCUAUAGCGUGGAGGACUAUUCUUGGGAAGAUGGGACUGCAAGGGAAGAUUUCCCCCAUUCAGGCUAAAAAGAAGUGGGACAACCUAAAGAAAAAAUACAAAGACUGCAAGUAUCCAGCGUCAGGAGAAGGGGUUUGUGGGAAGCCCUCUGCUGCUACUUGGCCCUGGUUUGACCUCAUGGAUGAGGUUUUAGGACAGAGACCUUCCACCACUCCUCCUGUCCUAUUUGCCCCCAUCAGUGAGGACACUCCAGGACCAAGUACGACAGUGGAUAAAAGAGAGGAGACCGACGAAGAAGAAAGUGAGUCAGGAAGGAGUCAGCCACCGGCUGGAAGGAAAAGGAUAGCCGAGGAGCUUCUUGACCUCCUCAGGGAGGACUUUAGGCUGCAGAGGGAGGCAGAGGAGCGGAGAGCACAGGAGAGGAAGGAGAUGUUUGACAGACUUUUCAAUCUGCUGGAAAAAAUUGUGACCAAGUGAAAUAAUUUGUAAAUCAGUUAAAAAAAAUCCUUUUUGAUAUAUUUGAAAAAAAUGUUAGAGUUUCUGUUGUUGCCAAUAAAGGUAUAAAUCCAAAA